GCCCCGCUUUUUCUCAGCCCGGGCGCCAAAGACUUCAGACUUCCGAAGAGAAAAUAUCAUCCUUCCCCGCUUCCUCAACACGGUGUUUCUCUACUGGAACUCCUACAGAACACCCGCAUGCCAAUCCACUGCAGUGGUAUUUCCCUAGCCUGGAUUAUACCCACAGCCACCUCAAAAUUACAGAAUUCAGAAGCUCCGUACCCAAGGUUGGGUCCGUGACUACUCUUUCUGCCGUACCAUAUCUCGGUUGUUGACUUGUUUUAGGACCUCGAAAACCAAUUUUAAACCUCGAUAGGUGGCAACCAGGCUAGACUUCCCGUUUCAGUGACGCUAGCGGCAUCUUGUUGCUUUCAUAGUCGACUUUCGAAAUCAGUCAGAAAGUGGGCCAGAAACACAAUGGAUCAGUGGGUUCACCCUGCCUUUAAUGUCUGCGUAAUUGAAAGAAAAAAGAACUGCUUAUCUAAGGGUAUUCACAGGAGAAUCCGAGCCGGAAUCUGCGGGGAAUUCAGCGGGAAUUCAGGGGAUCAUAAUGUCUCUGGCAGCAACAACCAUAAUAACCUAAAUAUGGCCCACCUGAACUAUGCCGCCAACGUCGGAACAAUAUAUCAAGGAUGUACGUUUAGAUCUGAGGACAGAGGUAGGACCAGCAUUCUCGAGAGCUUUCCGCAGGGAGCUAAAGUGCUAUUGCAAGCGAAAGAAGCAUCUAAGCCUUAUCAGAUGAUUCCCUACAGCAGGAACCGUAAAUUCACAGGCCGUGAACAUCUCAUUGAGUCGGUAAAGAGGCUUUGCAACCGUGAUGGCCACAACAGGAUCGCUCUUCAUGGAUUAGGAGGCGCUGGGUAUGCAGUCAUUAAUUUUAUAUCCGGAGCGUUUACUAACAUCACUUAGAAAGACUCAGAUUGCGCUCGAAUACGUUUAUCGGCGUGCAAGUGAGGGAGAUUGUGACAUUUUCUGGGUGCAAGGAAGCGGAGUGUUAAAUUUUGGAGAGGGCGUUAGGGCUAUUGGGCAACAUGUUCGAAUUCCUCUAGGUAGCGCUGAGACGGAAGAAGAGGGAUUCCUAUUGAGUAUAAAGAGGUGGUUCGAAGGCCGAGACAGCCGUGAUUGGAUCCUAGUAAUUGACAAUGCCGACAACGAGGAGGACUUCGUUAGCAACAACAGUCCUAUCGCUAAGUUUGUGCCACAAGGCCCGAGAGGCACGGUAAUAUUCACUACCAGAUCUCGCCAAGUUGCAUUUCGGCAAGAGUGCGAGAGGAUCGAUAUUGGAAAAAUGGACGAGGAUGAGGCCAAGGCACUGUUUUUCGAACACUUUGGUAGUUGGGGAAGCUUGAGGAAUGGGGAAGAGGACGUUGUUGCCAUGAUCCUGGGUUCGGUCGAUCACCUGCCGCUGGCUGUUGUAGGUUCUGCAGCGUUCAUGGCCGAGACCGAAACACCACCCUCCGACUACUGGACAAUUUUCCAGGAGAACGAUCAGCGAAGGGUGAAGCUACUUUCACAGCAGUUUAGCGAUAUCCGCCGGGAGUCCGGCGUGACAGGAAGUAUUUUGAGCACGUACUUCAUCACCUUUGACCGAAUUACCAGGCAGAUGCAGACAGCUGGCCAUCUCUUACGGCUAAUUGCAUUCGUUGACCGCCAAAAUAUCCCCGAGCAGUUCCUGAGAGAAUCUGGCGUUGGCGGGGUGGAUGAUCCGGUUGAAUUCCGUCGGGCUAUUGGGAAACUAUUGGGAUUCUCGUUAGUUACCGCCAUUAGACACGAAGAUAAGACAUUUUAUGAGCUUCACCGCUUGGUCCAACUAUCGAUACAGGCCUAUUUAUCUCCGGAAGAGCUGCAUAGAUGGAGUGGCAAGGCACUAAGAAUUAUUUCUCGAAUGUUCCCUCAAUAUGAGCACGAGCUCCGGGAUAUUUGCGAGUCACUCAUCCCACAUGCACUGGCGGUAACCAAAGGUAGAAUGGAUAAUACCUGUGAAGAUCUUUGUUUCCGCAUGGCAGAGUACUUUCUACACUUGGGUUUCUACAACAAUGCAGAAGCACAGAUCCAUCGGUGUAUUAGAUUUCGCGAGGAGAAUAAGGGGCAAGGCUGGGAUAAAGGUCAUAGGAGAUUUAUGCUCCUGGGGCAGGUGAGGGCAUACCAAGGGAGGGCCAAGGAGGCGGAGGAGAUACUUCGGAAUGUGCUGGAGGAUCUUGGGAGGUUAUUGGGUCCGAACGAUUCGGACGCCUUGGAGUGCUUAUCUUACCUGGCAAGUGUGAUGAAUGAUCUCGGAAAGUACGCUGAAUCAGACUCGAUGAAUCGGCAUGUGUUCGAAGUGCGUGACAAGGCUCUCGGGAAAGACCACCCAGAUACCCUAACAAGUGCCAACAACCUAGCUUUUGUGCUGCAAUACCAAGGAAAGUACGUGGAAUCAGAGACGAUGCAUCGGCUUGCACUGGAGGGACGCGAGAAAGUCCUCGGACCAGACCACCCCAACACCUUAACAAGCCUCAACCACCUGGCUAUUGUGCUGCGAAUCCAAGGAAAGCACGGGGAAUCAGAGACUAUGCAUCGGCGUGCACUGGAGGGACGCGAGAAGGUUCUCGGACCAGACCACCCCAACACCUUAACAAGUGUCAAUAGCCUGGCUAAUGUGCUGGAAUCCCAAGGAAAGUACGGGGAAUCAGAAACCAUGCAUCGGCGUGCACUGGAGGGAUGCGAGAAAGUUCUUGGACCAGACCAUCCCAACACCCUAAAAAUCCUCAAUAACCUGGCUGUUGUGCUGAAAGUCCAAGGAAAGUACGGGGAAUCAGAAACCAUGCAUCGGCGUGUACUGGAGGGACACGAGAAGGUUCUCGGACCAGACCAUCCCAACACCCUCUCAAGCCUCAACAACCUGGCUAAUGUGCUGGAAUCCCAAGGAAAGUACGGGGAAUCAGAAACCAUGCAUCGGCGUGCACUGGAGGGACGACGAGAACGCUCUCGGACCAGACCAUCCCAACACCCUCUCAAGCCUCAACAACCUGGCUAUUGUGCUGGAAUCCCAAGGAAAGUACGCUGAAGUAGAGGCGAUGAGGCAGGGUAACAGGCUGAGGUAGCGAAAAAAAACCCGACAACGCAUAGCGGCAACCUGCAGACCAUGUUGGCCUCGAUUUUUCGGCACACUCUUCCGCCAUCGCGGUGUCCGGCACGGCGGUUCGUCGCGUCGGGUGUAGUUUCUCUCGGCUAGGGGCGGCCUCGGUGGGCUGCCGAUUCUCACUGGCACGGGAGGCUGUUGGAAUCUACCGCGAAAAAUGAGGCAAUGUGUGGAACUAGAAUUACAUCUGAGAGGCGGUGGCGGACUAUUGAAUUGUUUGUUACGAGAGAUGGAAAAAGUGUUGGGCAUUUUACCCUUUUAUUUUCUGUGGCCGAUGCUCUCGGUUAGCUUUGUAUUUGUUUGUUUGUUUUCCUAGCUAAUUAUCCCCUUCUGCCUUAUCGCCCUCUAAGGUCGCGGCAGCUACCCUUUUGCCCGGCAGAAUCAUAAGAGAUCACUCCUUUG